AUGAUGAACUCUGUUUUGCAUGAUAGAACAUACAAUACCAACAGUCAUAGUCUGAGUAUAUCAAAGUUGUAUCUGAAUAGCAAUAAUAAGCAUGAUAUCUUUCGCUUCCAUCUUUAUUAUCUUCAGAUAAAUACAGGGAAUAAUUUAAUGGGCGUCACAUGUACAUAUCUUUUCCAUGAGCACACCAGCAUUCCAACAAAGAAGUGGAAUUCAUAA